AUGAACGUUGCAGAGUUAAGCGUGGAGUUUGUUGAACAGAAAUUGGAACAACGGAAAGUUCAAGGUGACAGGAAAGGUCCUUUGUUUGUGUUGGUUUCCGGGCCACAAGGGUCUGGUAAGUCGUAUAAUAGUGAGAUAUUGUUUCGUUCGUUGAAGAAGAAGGGCGUGAGAGCAGCAUUGACAUCCAUUGACGAUUUUUAUCUGACCCAUGAGGACCAAUUGAAGUUACAGUCAGCAUUCCCAGAGAAUAAAUUACUACAUGGAAGGGGGUUACCGGGCACUCAUGACUUGAAAGCAUUGCAAGAGACAUUGAAAGAGCUUGCAAAUGAUGAAGACAAAGUGCAUGAUGGUAAAAAGAUCCAGUUGCCCGUAUAUGACAAGUCUAGAUUUAACGGAGAAGGAGACAGGAUUGGCAGUAUUGAUAUUGAAUUGCCAUUGGACUGUGUGAUCAUCGAGGGAUGGUUCCUUGGGUUCCAAGCCAUUACAGAAACAGAAUUGGAAAGGAAAAAUUCGUCACCUAUACUGUUGAACCACCAGUUGUUACAUCUGAAACAAGUGAACCGUUCGUUGAAAGAGUACGGACAAUUGCUAUGGAAUAAUGAGUCAUUGGAUACUGUCGGUAUCAAGUUCGCAACUGACGACACCAACAAUGUAUAUAGGUGGAGGUUACAACAAGAGCAUGCUAUGCUAGCAUCUCAGGGCGAAGGAAUGACUGAUGCGCAAGUGAAGGCGUUUGUUGAUAGAUAUAUGCCUUGUUAUGAACUAUAUUAUAAAAACUUCAUUGACCCGAACACCGCGUUCGGCAAAACAAAUCUUACCAUUGCCAUCGAUGCCGACAGAAAUGUGGUCAAUCAUUUCAUUUCGCACUCUUGA